GUGACGUCAUUGCUGACCAAAGCGGAAGUGAAACCAACAACAUCAGAAGAACUGGCAAACGAAACGAUAGCUUAUAAAAAAAAAGAAAUGUUUAUUCUUAAAUAUAUCGAUCAACGCAGCAUUGAUCAUCCUGAUAUAAGGAAUCGCGUUAUUUGAACAAGUGACGCCAGGAGGAAUAAAAUAUUUUCUUAAAAUGCACUGCGUGGCAGAUAAACAUCUAGAGUGCCCAGGAGUCUUUCAGAGACCCCCUGAUGAAGAGUCGUGCGAGGAGGAUAUGGACACACACGAGGCGAAAUGGCACUGGUUUUACCUCGCUGAGUGUGGUGUUUGGCAUAUGUUUGAAGAGGUUCCCAGCUCUGGUUGUUCUGUCACCAGUGAGCAAAUUGAACAGAACUACACAAAAAACCAGCAUGGUUCAAUGGACUUCUAUACUGCAAAAUAUACCUAUAAAUUAGACUUUACGGCUAUGAAACAAGUAAAUAUGACAACUGGAAAAGAAAGGCCAAUCAAAAGAGCAUUAAAUUCAGUUACUGAUUUUAGAUUCAUCUGUGAUAAUUUGGCACUCCCUGUUCCCAGUCACUGGGAAAAAGUUAAUACAGAUGAGCCCUAUCAGUUGAUUGCUUUAAACAGAGAUACAUUUGAAUACAAAGAAGUGGCGCGGUUAUAUGAGAGAACCAUGAAUCAACCCAUCAAAUCCAUUCAGAGAAUACAGAACCUGGACAUGUGGGAGUUUUUCUGCAGGAAGAAGGCCCAGCUGAGAAAGAUCAAGCGUGUUUUAGACGUUGAAGAAAAGAUGCUUUUUCAUGGAACCGGUCACAGCAACAUACAGGCCAUAUGCAAGUACAACUUUGACUGGCGUCUUACUGGAAGCCACGGUGAUGUCUAUGGCAAAGGAAGCUAUUUUGCCCGUGAUGCCAAGUACUCCAGCAAGUUUUGUCAUUCGACAAGCAAACACAACUUCACCCUACAGAGACAUGGUCUAGCACCUCCUGUUUUCCAGAGUGAUCCACCUUACAAGUGUAUGUUUCUGGCAAGAGUACUAGUUGGGGAAUACACAGUGGGUCAUCCUCAGUACUGCAGACCGCCAUCUAAAGACAUGAGCAUUGCCAACUUCUAUGACAGCUGUGUGGAUGAUAUGAUGAACCCCAAGAUCUUCGUAAUAUUUGACAGCAACCAGAUCUAUCCAGAGUACCUUAUUGAAUUUUACUGACCAACACCAAAAGACAAGAAAAACUGCAUAAACUAUGUUGACUGUGUUGAUUUUCCACUGUGGAGAUGGAAACAUAACAAAUCCAAGAAUUUGAAACCGGAUACUGCAGUGCCUUUGGGGGCCUAGAAAAAAAUUCAUUAUGAAUGAAUUAAUGCAUUAAAUACAAUAUCUAUUAUAUCUAAAUGUAGUGUAUUGUAUUAAUGAAACCCACAUAGGGUCAACUAUAUGUUCAAUAUUUUGUAUAAAAACUUGCACAUCAGUUCCUCUGGUAUAGAUGGUAGCAGCCUCAACCUACAGGUUUUGCAUCUCAUCAAAACCUUUACCAUUAUUAAGGCAGGUUUACACAGUAACUUAUUUAUAAAUACGAAUGAUUUGAAUUAAAUGAGUUUAGAAUUGCCGAAAAUACAUUUUUUUGAAAACAAUGUAGUGGCCAAAAUUAGUUUUGGUUGAUUUGUAAAGCUCCAUAUACAGGGAGUCAGACGGUAGAAACAAAUUAUUAAUUGCAUGAAAGAUGCCUUACUAUACAUUUUGUUUCUUUAAUCUUUGAAUGUGUAGCAGUCCUGCCUUAGAGGAACUCAACUGCUGCGUUGAAUAUAUUUUAAUAUGUGUACAAACCCACUGAUCCUGUAUAGUUACAGUAUUACAUGGAUACUGGGUAUCCAAGAAAUGUUUUUCUCAUUUGCAUAUGUACUUUUUUUUCUACCUCAUGAUAUGCACAUACGCUUGUAUCUCAAUGGAAGAAAGUUGUGUGUUGAUGGCCAGUUGUCAAAACCAAGUGAUAAAUGCUUGUGGGUUUGUCUCAAACAUGCAAUUUUUAUAAGCUAAAGUGGAGAGAAAUAUAGAAAAAAUAUUUAAAAGGGCAUUUAUUCACUUUAGCAGACACUUGUAUUAAUGACUUGCACAGGAUAAUAUAUAAAAAGCAGAUGCAAUGCAAUGUCCAAAACAAACAGGACAAAAAGGCAAGGUUAAUACGCAUGGAGAAACAAAUCAAGCCUCAAUAACUUACCAGCAGUCCCAUAAUAUCACCAAACAACUUUCAUUGGAUAUAAUGCAACUUCAGACAAGGUCUUGAAGGUUUGUUAAUGAAAUAUUUUUUUAGCCAAAAUGCCCAACACUGGCAAUUGUAUUGAUUUUAAGUAUUUAUGUUGCUUUAUUUUAAAAUGUUGAAUAUGUACUGUAUAAUUUGUUUUAUAACCACUGUCGGUUUUCUCUGUCUUAUACUGUAAAUGAUGCAUCCAGUUACUGUUUAAUGAAUGUUUAGUUAGAUUAGCACAAAAUCACAACUUAUAAAAAUUAACACAGAAAUCUGAUUGCAAAUAAAUACCAGUGAGUGUAAAUAAAUCAUUUUGUGUCAAGUACAGCACACUUGGAAGUCCAGAGAAAUUGUAAAGUUAUUGCUUUUGUAAGAAAUAAUUGACGACGGGGCUUAACUUAAUUAAAAAUAAUGCACUAUUUUGUACUAAGACUAUUCAAGUACAUAUUGUUUGAAGAAUUUAAAUAAUGUUUGGGGUGAAACAUCUGAAGAGCAGAUUUUAACCCAGAUAAAGUAUUUACUUAAUGAAGUAAACAUUACUUAAUAUUUUGUGUUUUGGACAUAUACAUAGACCUAGACAUAUUUUAUAAACUAAAACAUUCAAGUGAAAUAAACUUAAAAUUAUUAGUACAUGUUGUGAGUAAUACCCAUAAUAUUUUGUGCAUGAAUAUUUUUAUUAUUUAUGCUUUAUCACAGAAUAAGAACUGAUGGGAACAACUCCCCGCCAUUGACAAGUUAUCUCGUCAAUUAAGAGAAAACAUUGCCCCGUUUUUCUGAUGAGAUUUUAUGGUAAUCUGUAAUAUGCCAUUAUACACUAGAUGGCGCUCUUACCCAAUUUAUAAAAACGGAAGCAAAAAUGAAUUAAAUUAAUUUUAAACUCUG